CUCGCCCCGCGCCCCAGAGCCCAGACCCGCCGCGGGACGGAGCGAGGCGGCGCGGCGCGCGCGGAUGGCCGGGGCGAGCCGCGUCUGAGGCUGCCCGGCUGCCCCGGCGUCCCGGCGUGACCAUGUGGCUCCAACAGCUCCUGGGGCUCAGUGGCAUGUCCUUCCGCUGGCCGGGCAGCGCGCUGGGAGGCCAAGCUUGGAUCGUCCUCGCCAUGUUCCAGCUCGCCAUGGACCUGCCCUCCUGCGAGGCGCUGGGCCCCGGGCCCGAGUUCCGGCUCCUGCUGCGGCCGCCCAGCCGCCCACCCCGCCUGUGGGGGCUGCGCGUGGGACCCCCGACACGUGUGCCCACCCCCGUGUGGAGCCCGAGGCCGCCGCGUGCCCACGGCCCCAUGCAAACCCCACGCGGGGCCCGGCGGGCACACAGACCCCGGGACCAGGUGGGCGCGCUGGUGCCCAAGGGGGGACUCACCAAGCCCCCCGCUGCCGCCAAAGCCAGCACAUCCCUGGGCUCAGCAGCGUCCGCCGUGUCAGUGGCGUCCCCGGCGGGCAGCUCAGCCCCCACGGACCCGCAGAUGCUGAGCCGAGGCCGGCGGCAUCUCCGAGCAGCCGCCCUGGGUGGCACCUUUGACUUCAGGCCCGGCCGGCCCACCCUGGAGCCCGAGUUCAUUGCGUGGGGACCCACGGGCGAGGAGGAGGCCCCCGAGGCGCACACGGUCGCUCGCGCCUUCGCCCCCACCGCGCCCCCUGUGCCCCCUGCCCGGAAGACCACCGUGGCCACCACCGUCUCCACGGCCACUGCUGCUGCCCCGGCCACCACGCUGCAGAGCCAGGGUGCCACGGAGCCGCUGGGUCCCGGCCGUCGGUUCCCCUUCGGGACCAGCACCACGGAGCCGUCCACGCGGCCCAGCACUGAUGUCAAACCCCCUCGGAUCCUGGGGGAGAGCUCAGGCCUGGCCGUGCACCAGAUCGUCACCAUCACCGUGUCCCUCAUCAUGGUCAUUGCUGCGCUCAUCACGACCCUCGUCUUAAAGAACUGCUGUGCCCAGAGCGGGAGUGCCCGGCGCAGCAGCCGGCAGCGGAAGCUGCAGCAGCAGGAGGAGAGUUGCCAGAACCUGACGGACUUCGCCCCCGCGCGCGUGCCCAGCACCCUGGACGUGUUCACCGCCUACAACGAGACGCUGCAGUGCUCCCACGAGUGUGUGCGAGCCUCCGUGCCCGUCUACGCCGACGACACGCUGCACUCCACCGCCGAGUACAAAUCCACCUUUAAUGGGAACCGGCCGCCCUCCUCUGACCGGCACCUGAUCCCCGUGGCCUUCGUGUCUGAGAAGUGGUUCGAGAUCUCCUGCUGACCGGCAGCGUCUUUUUAACCCCCUGGGCGCUGGGCAGAAGCCAUGCGCCCUCUUUAUGGAUUCUGUUGGCGAACCUGUAAAAAUACAAACUCCAAUAAACACAAAACCUAAAACUCAGCUAUAGCCAAGAGAACGGGGUGGCGCCUUCAGCCAAAUCUAGUUCCCGCACCGACUCACGCCUCUGGGCGCCGCCUUCUCCCCGCCUCGGCUCCGAAGGAACAACGAGGAAGCAGCUGGAGAUGCCGGGGAAGGAGACAGAGGGACGGACGGACAGACAGACAGACAGACAGACAGGCGAGGCGAAGGGCCGUCGAGACGCACGGACCCGGCUUCGUCCCGCCACUCGAACCUGUGCCAAUAAUACCAUUAUGUGCCAUGUACUGACCCCAAAAGACGGGGGCGCCGGAGCCAACGGGGAGAGGAGGUCGCCCGGCAGAUGGGGCGCGGCGCUCCACCGAGAGAGACGGAGAGAGACAGAGAGAGGGAGAGAGAGAGGAGCUAUUUCUGGUUACUAUACAUAUAUAAAUAUAUAAAUAUAAACACACACACA